UCCCACCACCCUGUUACAGUCUUCCCCCAUAAACGCGUUUGCAGAAGAAGCAAGGAAGAUGAAGAAACCCUUUGUGUCUCUCUAUUCCCAACCCUAAUCUUAACCCAUAUAAAAGCCCCCAUGAAAUCUCUACUCCAUGUGAAAUCUCUUCUCCAUUAGUUCUAGUUCAGAGUUGUCUGGUUCACAAAUGGGAAACUCUGUGAUCAAACCCAAUUCAUCAGGAUCCAAGAAGAAAGCCCAAUUCAGCUCGACAGUCGGAAUACUCUCCUUUGAGUCAGCCAAGAUCAUGUCGAGGGGUCUCUCUCUAUACAAAUUCUUAUCAGAUGGGGAGUUCUCGAGGCUUCGAACAGAGGUGCUUCGGUCGGAAGCCUUGGCCUAUUUUGUCUCUCCGGACGAAGGUUUCCUCCUCUCUCUUGCCUGCGCUGAACUCCUCGAGGACCUCGCGAGCGUGGUUCGCUCUAUUUCGAACCUUGGUCGAAAGUGCAAAGACGCGGCCUUACAGAGCUUCGAGCACAUCUUUAAUGAUCUUUUGCGAUAUGGGUUCAUUCCAUCGGCAGGCAAAUUAGGCCCCAAAUUUCUCUCUCUAAAAGAUUGGGAUAGAAAGGUUGAGAAGAUAGAGAAAUACAUUUCUUUGACUUUGGAGCUUCGAACUGAAUCCGAGGUAUUGAAAGAGAUGGAGGAUUCAGAGAAGAAGUUGCAGAGAAGGAGAGAUACCUAUGGUGCCCUGUACCAAAUGAUGAGCCCCGAGCUCUUUGAGCAAAAGCUCGAGUGGCAAAGGCAACGCGUUAAGCAACUCCGGAAACUUUCUUUAUGGAAUUGUAGCCAUGACAAAGUUGCAGGUUUAAUGGCUGCCUGUGUCAUCGCUGUUUAUGGCCGGAUUUGCUCAGUUUUCAGCCCUUAUGUGUCGGGAUUGCCCCUGUUUCCAACUGAAUUUGCAAGCAAAAAUGGUCAGAUUUCAGGCCAAUUGGUCAUUUUCCGGAGCCCAGCGCAACUUCCAGAAAUUGGCAUUUUGAAGGAUCAUCGUGCUUCAGGCCCCUUUGAGAAAAUUCCGACUGGGCAUGGAAUUCUUCAUAGCAAAUCUCUAAGGAUUUUUGGUCCUGAUACCCCUUUCGAGCUUGAUUUUUCAAUGGAUGAGAGCAUUGGCCAUGGCCAUCCAUUGAGGAAGCUCUAUGAGCCAUUCCCCAAAUUCAGGGCUAAAUACGGAGGAGAAUUUCGUGAAACCAAAUUCAGUACCAGAGGAGAAUUUGGAGAAACCAAAACUUUCACUAAAAAUGAUGGAGAAUUCAACGACGUAGACUCAAACAUGAUCGGAAAGGGGGCCGGUGUUCAUAGCUACCAGGCUAACAGAAAACAAGAAGCUCCUCUUGCUUAUUGCAAAAUUCUAUGGAAUGGGGCAUCAAGAUAUGGUCGAACAAACAAGCUCUUCCAUGCUUCGCCAUCAACUGUCGGAGGUUCCGCCCUAGCUUUUCGCUAUGCUAAUGUGAUAAUUUUCGUUGAAAGGCUCCUUCUUUGCCCUAGUAUGGUUAGAGAAGAUGCCAGGACCGAUCUAUACAAUAUGCUUCCUACUAGUUUAAAAAGCUCAGUAAGAACUAAGCUCAUGUCUUAUGGGAAGAGGAAGUUGAUCAAUGGCGAGGAUCUGAUGAUUGAUGAGUGGAAAGAGGCCGUUCAGAGGAUCAUGGAAUGGCUCAGCCCUCUAGCGCAUGAUAUGAUAAGAUGGCAAACAGAGCAUAACCAUGAGCAACAGAGGUUGGUUCAAAAGUCGAGUGUUCUUCUUUUGCAGACGCUAUAUUUCUCAGACAUGGAGAAGACCGAGCUAGCCAUUACGGAGCUUUUGAUUGGGCUCAAUUUCAUUUGCAGGUUCGAGAGGGAGCAGGCGAGAAAGGGGGACAGUGUGGAGAUUGAGGAGGGCUGAAGGACUUUGUGUUUGCUAAUAGAACUAUGAGAAACUUUUUGUAUAUAUAUAAUCCUUAGAGAUUUCAGGAAUUGUGGCGGGAUUCAUUCUUUUGGGAGUUUCAGAUAUUGUGCUCUUUUGGGAAUUCAAAUUGCAUUUCUUCUUCUUCUUCUUCUUUUUCUUCUUUAUG